AAAAAUAAACACACCAUUCCUCAACCAUAUAUGUCCACCAGUCCUGAUCUGGGGAGGAAGCCAGAGGCAGGUCAGACCCUUGCUGGGCACACUCACGUGAGGCCGCCACUCACCAUGCACAUAACUCAGCUCAACCGGGAGUGCCUGCUGUGCCUUUUCUCCUUCCUGGAUAAGGACAGCAGGAAGAGCCUCUCCAGGACCUGCUCCAAGCUCCGAGAUGUGUUUGAGGACCCCAUCCUCUGGCCCCUGCUGCGCUUCCAUUCCCUGGUAGAGCUCAAGAAAGACAACUUCCGGCUGAGUCCUGCACUGCGGAGCUUGUCCAUCUGUUGGCAUUCCAGCCGUGUGCAGGUGUGCAGCAUCGAGGACUGGCUUAAGAGUGCCUUCCAGAGGGGCAUCUGCAGCCAGCACGGGAGCCUGGUUAACGAUUUCCUCCUGCAGGUGUGUGACAGCUCUCCCCACAGGUGCCCCAACUUGGCGUCCCUCACGCUCUCGGGCUGCGGCCACGUCACUGACGACUGCCUGGUGCGCCUGCUGCUCAGCUGCCCGCACCUGCGGACGCUGCGCCUCGAGAACUGCGCGCGCGUUACCAACAGCACGCUGGCAGCCGUGGCCGCGCACGGGCGCGCGCUGCAGACGCUCCACGUGGAUUUCUGCCGCAACGUGACCGCCGCAGGACUGCUUCGCCUACGCGCCGCCUGCCCAAACCUGAUCCUGAGCGCCGAGCACAGCGCGGCCAUGAUCCCCGACCAGCCGCCACGAGCGCGCGGGUGCGCCGCCUCGGUUUUCCCGGCCGCAUCUGGGGUACAAUGCCUACCUCACCCCAAGGGUCCCUAUGGCGGACGCCCGCACCAGUAAAGAGGCGGAUGCUUGUUAAACAAUCAGGUGCUUGUCUUUAAACGCC